AUGUCUGGUUGUGAUCAUCCAAUCAUGAAAGCCUGUUAUUCUGUCAUUGAACCCGAAUUUGGUAAAUUAACCUAUCAUUACGUGAAAAUGUUAUGGAGAGAUAUUGAGACAAAAUUUAUUACACAAUAUAAGCCCGUUGCUUUACCUUCUCAAGUAACCUCGGCUACCGUAUUGACACCAAAAAACACUGCAAUUACAAAUGGAAGCAAGUCAAUUUUUCUAUUCCAAAAUAAUUUUACUAUAACAUCAAAAGAAAAAAAUGAGAUGAAGAACGAAAACUCAACUACAUCUACCUCUACUACGGCGUCAUCUUUGCCAAAAAAUGCCUCUCAAUCCGCUAUAAAUUAUUUCAACUAUAACGACUGUGGUAGUGCUAGAAGAUCAGUUAUUUGUGAAGUUUGUGGUGAAGAAGGGCAUGAUAGAAGUACUUGUAGUUACAAUUCUAGAAAGUCAACAAUUACUUGGUAG